GUGUUUUGUACCUUUUUAAAGCUUGAAAACAGAAUAUGGAGCAGCAGCUGCCUCCAGAGACAACAAGGAGGAGUUUCAGCUUUUCAUCUCUCCGUCUCAGAACAGGCAGGCAGAACAGUUACGACGACAGUGGGGGAUUUACGAGGCGGAGAUGGCUGAGGUCCUUUUCAUCAGUCCGAGAGACUCUGUGGAGAAAAGAGACCAUACAACAAGAAGAUGGCCUGAACCAGAUCAGUACAGGUGAGCAGCCCAAAGGUGACCUCAACUCAGGUGCUGAAGGUAAACACAGUACUGACGAUGGAGGAGGACAGUCGGGCACCCUCAAGAGGUUUAGUGCCAUGUGGUCAUCCUUUCGCAGAGGCAAGACAGACAGGGCAAAACAUGCUGAACCUACUGAGCCAGUGGACCCAAUGGUUGUGGGCAACCCAUCCAGACAGCACCGCUACGCCAGUGGUCAGUACUUCUUUGAAUACCUCGUGGUUGUCAGCCUCAAGAAGACUGAUGGUGGGAGUUACGAGCCACAGAUCACUUACCAGUUUCCUAAGAGAGACGGGAUGGUGAAAUCUCAGAGGGAGGAGGAGCAGAAGACAUUAAAAGCCAUCACUCUGUUUUGCUUUCCGGAAGGCAUUAACUGGGCCCCGCUGACAGAAUACCACAGUGAGACCUUCUCUUUUGUUCUAACUGAGCUUGAUGGCAGCAGAAGAAACGGAUACUGCAGGAGGCUGCUGCCUGGUGGGAAAGGAGCUCGUCCACCUGAGGCUUACUGCAUCAUCAGCAGGCUGGCCUGUUUCGGCCUCUUUUCCAAGAUUUUUGAUGAGGUGGAGAAGCGGCGGCAGAUCUCCAUGGCGAUGAUCUAUCCAUUCAUGCAGAAGCUGCGAGAGGCGCCGUUCCCUGCACCGGGAAACACGGUGGAGAUUAAGAGCUUCAUUCCUGAGGCAGGCACUGAGAUCAUCCGGCUGACACGGCCAUUGGAUUCUUGGUUGGAGCACGUGGACUUCAGCACGUUGUUCCACUGCCUGACGGACGAGGAGGUUUUACUGGUGUUUGCUGCUGCUGUCCUGGAGAGACGCAUCGUUUUUAUCGCUGAUGAACUGAGCACUUUAUCCCAAGUCAUCCAUGCGGUCGCGGCCCUCCUGUACCCCUUUACCUGGCAACACACUUUCAUCUCCAUCGUUCCUGAAAUCCUGAUCGAUGUGGUCAUGGCACCUACCCCCUAUCUGCUCGGGGUUCAAAAACGCCUGCUGGACUUGGUCACGGACCAAGGAGAUCUGCUUGUGGUGGACCUUUCUGAGAAGGAGGAUACCUUCAUUGUUUCAAUUGGUGAUGAGAGCUCAAUUCUGCCGCCAAAGCUCCAAAAUGAAAUCCUGGAUUUGCUAAAAGAGAGAAAAGAAACUUCAUCCGUGGAGGAGCUGAAUCGGGUGGUUUCAGAAGCUUUCCUCCUGUUCUUUGUGAAAACUGUUGGCCAUUAUGCAUCGUAUGUAAAAUACCCGCAUACUGGAGAGUCAGGAGUGUUUGAGAAGAGACGUUUCUACAAGGGCAUCGAGUCCAAAACCACACGCCACUUUGUCAAGAAGUUCAUUCAGACUCAGAUGUUUGAUCUCUUUAUCCAGGAGGUGGAGCAGCAGCAGCUGCAGCAAGGAAUAUUUCACAGAAAGAUUAAAGAGUACCAGGAAUCAAAGAAAAGAGACAAGACCAAGAAACGCUAGCUGUGUUUGUGGCGUGUAGAGCCACUUGCUGUGAAGAGUUUGUUUUCAGUCAGACAUGGAUGCUGCACUGUUUGAUUAUAGAACUGUGAGAAGGUGAAUGUGUGAAUAAGUACUGGGUGAUCUUGCUGGUACUUCAGUGUGUUGCUUGAUUCUGAUGUUGUCAUUUCAAAUUCAGAGCCGGUCCUGGAAUGUUGACCUCUGACCUUUAGCUCUUUCUCUUUUUAAAUGAUUUACAGACUGAUUUGUGAAAAUAAAAGUUUGUCCCAAAUG